AUGGCCUCCUUGGCAAUGGCCUCCUCGGCAAUAACAGCCUUCUUGGAGAGAAAGAUAUCACGCUAUGCCUGGUUGAAGGUGCUGAACCUCGAGAACGCCCGAGUGUCAUGGAAGGUCCUUCGUGGGACUGAGCUGGUGCUGAACCUGUACUCGAAGCUGGUGCUCCGCUUUCCAGGGAUUUUUAACUUCCUGAGUGGAUCCUCAGUAGAAACGAACAUCACGUCACACAUCGCCGUGACCCAGGACACCCCCGGGGACCUCAAGCUGGUGAUUAAGGAUUGCAACAACCUGCUUGGCGGCUUCAGCGUCAACCUGCGGAAGGGACGCCUCACCAACCUGGUGAGCAGCAUGCUGAACUCUACUCUCAAAACCCUUGUCCCUGCACUGCUCUGCCCGUUAGUGAACAUCUGGGUCGGCAUCAUCAACAUGAAACUACAAUUCCUCAACCGCGUCGUCUCCUUCGGGCUCCUGGGGAAAAUCUACUCUGCCCUCUCCAAACUGCCAGUGACAUCUGGGCAUUUCGUGGAGCUGGAUCUGCAGAAUUCCCCAUUCCCAAGCACCUUCAUCGACUGGCUCCUCCAGACCGCAGGUGUUGAUCCCGGGAGCAAUCCAUAGCUGCAGGCUGGAAGUACGUGGGGUGCCUCCACAGGCGAUUCCUGAGGAGGAGGAGGAGGGAAGGGAGGAAGAUGACUCAAUACGUGAAGAAUAGACAUGAAAAUGGAGAAAACCCAGCAAAACCUCGCAUUUUCCUCUGCUCUACGUUUCAGACUUCUCAGACUUUGGUGUCUUUUUACAGCCCAGGGUUAUCUGUGCCAAUGAUCAUCCAUGUCAGUGGUUAGCUGUGUGGGUGGUUAGCCAUGCUGGUGACUACAGAGGCAGGAGCCCCAGGUCUUGCCUCUGUGCUCUCCUGGUUCUCACGGCCACAAGCGACUUGUUAUGGCACUCACUGAUGAAGGGAACACCUUCACCCCUUGUUUCUUCCUCACACCCACUCCAGCUUCACUGGGGCUGGGGUUUGGGCCAGGUAAGGGCUCAGCACAGAGGGGAUAUUCCAGGUGCUGGAAGCAGACAGCUGGGCUGAAGGCAGGGGUUUGGUCCCCUCACAGCCACCCCUCAGGAAUUUCAGGAUUUUGCACCAACUGCACCAAACCCCUGAGAAGGGAAGGGAGAAAAGGGAUGAACCCGAACCCAAAAGCUGUAAAUGCUUUGUCUUUGCUCUCCUUCUGCUUCUUGAUUAGCUUACCAUUUCAAAAGGGAAUUUUACUGUUUCCAGUGAUUUCAAGAGGCAAAAAGGCCCCCAGUCUAAUCCAGGCGCACACUCAGCCGAUUUGUUCCCAAACAGCGACGCUUUGAACUGAUCAGAGCGAAUGCUAUCCUGCCUUGUAAUCUCCGAGUGGAUUUGGAUGUGCUGCAUUGUGGGUGAGGUGGAUUUGAGGCUGAUUCACACCCUUCUGUUACUCCUUACAAUAAAAAGGAUUUUUC